CUGAGUUUGGACGAAUUAAAAUCAAUCAAAAUUAAAUUGAAUAUCUGAGGUUAACUUAAACAAAAAUAAAAUAAAAAAGAAAUAAAAAAAGAAGAAGGGUUUGCGACUUCUGCUGUCAGGUUACUCUCAAUGGAAACGCUAACCCUACUGUCGCCCCAUUUCCGAAGGUUUAACUCUCCGUUUCCUCUCCUAUCUCUAAUCCGUCGAAGCAUGUCGAUCAAAUCUCACCUGACGAUGGCUUCUUACAAGAAAACUGACUCCGAUGAGAUUCCUAUAGCAGGAACGGACAACGCUUUUAUGGGAUUUAUUACCGGAAAGAAGAAAGCAACGGAGGUAGCUCAUUCAGUUUGGAAAAGCAUCAUUCAGAAAGGAGACACUGUAAUUGAUGCAACAUGUGGCAAUGGCUAUGAUACAUUGGCAUUGCUCACGAUGGUAUCUGAUGAAUCGUACAAUGGCUGUGUUUUUGGAAUGGACAUUCAACAAGAAGCAUUAGACAAUACCUCUUCUUUAUUGGAAAUAUCAGUUGAUGAAAACAAGAGGAAGCUAGUGAAGCUCUUUAAGCUUUGCCACAGCAAACUUGAAGAUAUUGUCCAAGAAACCCCAGUCAGGCUCGUAGCAUUCAAUUUGGGGUAUUUGCCUGGAGGAGACAAAACAAUUCUUACAUCGCCAAGAACAACACUAGCCGCUUUGCAUGCUGCCUGCAAAGUUCUGCAAUCUGGAGGACUUAUUAGCGUCAUGGUCUACAUUGGGCAUCCUGGUGGAAGGGAUGAACUGGAGGCUGUUCAAGGAUUUGCAUCUGAUUUGCCAGUUGAAGCUUGGACAAGCAUUGAGUUUGAAAUGCUUAACCGGCCAACUGCUCCUGUUCUUGUUCUCAUUUUCAAGAAGUGAAAAUUUCGUACUUGGAGGAUGGUGAAAAUGCUUGAAGCUCCAGGAAAAUCAUUUAUAUUGAUUCUUUAAUCACCUCGUGCCUCCAACUAAAGGGCUGCUACUCAUGUUACACUCAGGUUUUACUGCAAUUACGAGGUUUUAAUCACCUCGUAAUUGGUUCUUGUUUAAGAUGUUCGUUUCACUAUGCGCAUUUGGAUCGAAAGAUUUUGUUUUGAUCUUAAAAUUAAAAUCUUGACGAUUAAUUUUUAAA